GUGAUGAGUGAUAAGAUGAUUUCAAUUUUGUCCAUCCGUCACUCGGUCAUCGUGCCGCCGGGUCCGAGGGGUCCGACCCCGUGGCCGAUCAAUGUUUCUGUGCUAAAUAAGGACUUACCUCUUCGCUAAUCAGCGCAUUUGCAACAGCGCGUCACACGCUGUGGAGAAUCGGACAGAAUCUCUCCAAGCGAAGUCAUUCCUCAAGCGGGGCCCGGAGACCAUGACUUUCAUCUUCUCCUUGAGCUCCGACUGGAUCGUGUUUCCCUGAGCUGGGGGGAUAAUCUGAACACGCCGAUCUCGAUCCUUCUUUCAAGGAUUUGAUUUCUUCGAUUUUUCAUGUUUUAGAUCCCCUUGAGGUAAUCGUCCCUGCAGUCUAGGCAACCAAUCUGCCGAGAACUAUAUACAAGACAUUCCAAAGUGGACUUGAGGCUCCAAAGUUCCCUCUUCUUCGCAUCUCAUCUUCAUCAUGGCACCCAGGGUCUGGUUCAUCACUGGCGCGAGCAGCGGUUUCGGUCUGCUCAUGGCGCAGAAAGCUUUGGCCAACGGUGACAAUGUUGUCGCAACGUUGCGGAAGCCCGAAGUCAUCUCGGACCUGGCUGCACAAUACGGCAAGGACCGUCUGGUCGUGCUCAAGCUGGAUGUCAAGAUUGUCGGGGAGAUCACUGCUGCGUUCGAGGCUGCGAAGGAGGCUUUUGGCAGGAUCGAUGUUGUUUUCAACAACGCUGGUUACGGCAUCAUUGCCGAGGUGGAGGGCACGAGCUACGAGAAGGCCCGGGACAUGUUUGAGGUCAAUUUCUGGGGCGCAUUCCACGUUGCAACGCAGGCGGUCGCUUUCAUGCGGGAUGUGAAUAAGCCACAGGGCGGACUGUUGAUGAACAUGAGCUCGAUGUUUGGGAUCGACGCCCCGCCUGGUGCAGGGUUCUAUGCUGCAACGAAAUUCGCAUUCGAGGCAAUUGCCGACUCUCUGACCCGGGAACUGGACCCCGAAUGGAACAUCAAGACGGUUACAUUUUGUCCUGGCUGGUUCAAGACCAACAUGACACUCGUCAAUGCCGUGGUGGAGCCUAUACACCCUGCCUAUGAUCGUCCAGGGAACGAGAGCCUGGGUUCCAUUCAGACCCGCACCGCUGGUGUCGCCUUGAUUCGAGGGGACAGCCCUCUGCUCCAAGAUGCGACCAAAUUGAUUAACAAAUUCUGGGACAUCAGCAACUUGGAGACCCCCCCAACCCGACUAGCCUUCGGCGAAGAUUCCAAGGCAGUAUUCCAGGCCAAGUGGACUACACUCAAGGCCGAUCUGGAGGCCAGCCAGGAAUGGUCGAAGGAUUUGGGCUAUACCGAUUAAUUAUUUUUGUACAGUACAUGGGUAAAUAGAGAUGACAUCAUUGUGGGCGCAUGCAUUGUGAUUGAUCUUACCGGGUCCGAAGCAUUCCAAUCAGACCCUGACUUGCAGCCCCCUUGUUACCAGGUUGAACAGUCUUUCCGCAGAAGCGUGCAGUGGCAAUCACUGUGAUUACUGUGACAUGGACGGAGAGAGUUACAUGGCACGUGGAAAUUAUUGGUAUUGGAUCCCACGGAUAUAACGACCGAAUGAUGCAAAUCUCAUUCUUUUUUUGCAAUUACAUA